AUGAAGGUUGUGAUUCAGAGGGUUCACUCUGGUUCUGUCACUAUUAAUAAGGGCAAAGAUACAGAGUAUGUUAGCGGAAGCAUUGGAAGGGGGUACGUAGUUCUAGUUGGAAUCAGUCGCGAGGAUGUCAUUGAAGACAUGCACUAUAUAAUAGGAAAGCUCCUAGCCGCAAGACUUUUCCCAGACGAAACUGGAAAGGAGUGGGCGCGGAACAUUAUUGAAGUAGAGGGAGAGAUUUUGCUUGUUUCUCAGUUUACUCUAUAUGGAUUUCUAAACGGAAACAAACCAGACUUCCACGAGGCAAUGAAGAGUGAAGAAGCUGGCCCGCUGUUUGACAAGUUUGUUCAGCAUGUGAAAGAGAAGUAUGUUUCAGAUCGCGUGCACACAGGGGUCUUUGGGGGUGACAUGGUCGUAUCAAUUGAAAACGAUGGUCCUACUACGUUAACAAUAGAUAGCCGUGUGAGUGCAUACGCGAAAGAUGCCGCUGGGAUGGCUAAAAUAGGGGGGAACAAAACGUGGAAGAAAUACAACCCCGAUAAAUAA